GCGCUUGGCUUCGUUUGCUGUGAGUGUGCCCGUCGUUCGUCCGUCCCUCCGCCCGUUUGUUUGUUUGUCGUUCGUUUUCGUCGUAUCUUUGUAUCUGACAGUAAAAAUUUCAUUACUUAACGCUCAUUCGCUCAUUCAGUUUACUAUAGAACGUGAAACAGGCAGCAACACAAAGGCAGUGUCGUUGUUUUCUUUUAAUAUUUUUUUUAAAUAAUUUUUCGAAAUAUAAAAAGUGUUGCUGGACACGCUGCUCGCUCGCCUCGCAUUGUCUCGAAAAUGAAAACAAAAAUUUGAAAAUUUUUUACAUUUAAGAAAAAAAAAUGAAGAAAACAUGCAAAGGAAGGUGUUUUGAAAUGAAGAUGCAACCAAAAGUGAAAUAAUAACAAAUCGGAAAAUAAAAACAAAAAAGUGUGAAACGAAAAUAGUUAAAUGCCAAAAAUUGAAAAUCAAAACAAAAGUGUUGAGAAAUUUUGCGUAUUGAAAAAUAAAUAAAACAAAUGGUUGAGGUAAUGAAAAUUGUGGCCGAAUAAAAAUGGGCGGCAAAUAAAACUGUGGCAAAAUGCAUACCGAAUGAAAUAGAGAAGCAGAGUAAAGUGCUUAUAAGAAAAUGAAACCAAAAUAAAAAGAAAAAAAUAAAAAAUAAAUAAAUUCUUGCUUAACCAAAGUUAAAGCUUAACCCCAACAAAACGAUAUCUGCGAUAUUAUAAAACACAACGUGUUGUAUCUCUCAAUACAACAAAACAAAAAAUAAAAAAAUAAAUAAAUGUUGUUUAUCUUCAAAAGUGUGCAAGAAAAUAUUUCAAAAUUAAUAGCAAAAAAAAAAAGUUAUCGCAAAAUAAUAUCGAAUUAAUUCUUAAGAAUUUGUUGGUACGAAAAACGAAACAAAAAUAAAAAAUAGUGACACAAGUUUGCAAAAAAAAAAAAUACUAGCCAUGAUGACUGACCAGCAGUUGUGAGUUUUGGUUUGUCAUACACGGUAUGUCAGUCAAUGCGACAGUGUGUCAGUCGAUACUGAUACUACAGUGAAUGAAUGUGUUUGUCUCUCAUGCAUCAGCUAGCCAACCAUCAUCAACAACAACAAUAGCGCCCAGCUGAUUAGAAUUAACGUGGAUAUUAAAUAACCAAAAACAACAGCAACAACAAAUAUCAUACCCCAUCACCAACAACAAUUAUGUUUGGUGAUUGUUCAGAUUCCACCGAAGACAUGACAAUAGAUAGUAGAGAUUCCAAAGAAUACAAUACAAACAAUAUAAUGGACAUAGACGAUCAUCAUAAUCGACAACCGGAGCAACAGCAACGCACCAAUAUGUCGGAUGAAUGUCGCACCACGCCACCCAAUCGCUUAACAAAAGAGACUGAUGAUAAUGACUUGAAUGAUGAAGAAACUUCAAGACGGAGAAUAGAUCACGACAGUGAUAACGGAGAUAUGGACAGUGAACCACCAAUGCAUAAAAGACAGAAAAUGGACUCAGAGGAAGUUGAGCAGCGAUCCAGCCCAGCUUCCUCGCCAAACCAUAUGCAGAAAAUUUCGAAUAUCGAAUCGAAAUCCACACACGAUGUCAAUGAUCAUGAUGAUGAUACCAAUUCUAAGGAUCGCAAAUCAUGCACUCCUGACAGCAGCUCCCAUAACACAUCAACUUCCAGUCCGGCAAAGUCCGAAGAUAAUUGUACUGAAUCCCAUGUAACGGCAUCAUCACCUCAAUCGCAGGCUAUGCCCAAACUAAGGUUGAAUGCAUUGCUGGCAUCUGAUCCAGCUUUGAUGCCAGAUGCCAAAGAUUUGAAAGUGGUUCAUGAGUCGCAGGCUCAGCAAAGGAAACAACAACGUAUGCAGCAGCAACAACAGCACGAAAGGGAAAUUGACUCUCCAGCAUCGCACUUGGUGGCCCCCGGUACCAUACCCACCGUUGUGGAGCCCUUGAUAAAAGCCCAACCCACACCACCUGUCGAGGUGGCACCACCACGCAUGAAAGUGUUUAUGUGUGUACCCUGUGGCAUUGGAUUCAGCUCACCCUCUACUCUGGAGGCCCAUCAGUCCUACUACUGUUCACAUCGGCAUAAGGAUAAUGAUGAAGACUCUGUGCCAUCAGCAUCUGCGCUGGCCGACAAGACAUCCACCUCACCAGCCACUCAGGCCAAUGUUGCAAAUGCUACCCCGGCUGUGGCGGGUGGCCCUGAACCGGCCGCCAAGGCUCCAAAGACUGGCAAACAAUAUGCUUGCACUCAAUGUUCCUACAGUGCCGACAAGAAGGUCUCACUCAACCGUCAUAUGCGUAUGCAUCAGACAUCACCGGCACCCAGCUCGAAUUCAAAUAAUGGUGGUGCGGUGGGGGGAUCAGCUGCUGCCCUUCUGGAAGACAAUACUAGUCAACAAAUCGAUCGCUAUUGUAGUGACUGUGAUAUACGUUUCAAUAAUGUCAAGACCUAUAGGGCCCACAAACAGCAUUAUUGCAGCUCAAGGCGCACGGAAGGCCAGCUGACACCAAAACUGGAGGUUUCCACCACAACAUCUACCACACCCAAGGCCAAUUCAGUGCAUUCGGGUGCCAUAAGUCCACAGACUAGAACUAAAACACCCACUCCGGCUAUGGUGGCGGCAGCGGCCGCUGCAGCUGCUGCGGCAGCAUUACAACAGCCUCCAAGCACCCCAUUUCUGGCCUUGCCCACAAAUCCCAUUUUAAUUAUACCAUAUUCGUUGAUACGGUCUGCCAGUCUCAUUGCGGGACCACUACAAUCACCCUCACCGUCAGUUGUAAAUCCAGACACCACUUGUUUCACCUUGGAUGGUGGACAAUUGAAACCCUUGGCCACCGCCUUGAAUAUCAAUGCUUUGAGUGCAGCCAAUAAUUUAGUAGGGGCCGCAGCCGCCGCCUCCUCUGUACAACAGCAACAACAGUAUAUGGUUGAUUCCACACGCCAAACAUCUUCGUCAUCAAAUGAAAGCCUAUUAACGGAGAAGAAUGUACGCCGAAAUAUCGAAGAACCAGCCGAGAAUACACCCAAACGUAAAGGCGAGGGUUUGAGAGAUUCUGCUCCCUUGGAUCUAUCCCUAAGACGUUCACCCAUUGCCGCUUUGCUGCAAAGACAACAACGCCUAACAGCCGCCGCAGCAGCUUCAUUUCUUGAAUCAGCCAACAGCGAACAUCAUCCAAAUCGUUUGGACAUGGAAACCCUGCUGGAAGCGGGCAAAGAAAACUUGGUCCUCGACGAUACGGGUAGUAUUACGCCAGAACAAAUUGUGUGUGCACCCUCAUUGCCUAACAGCCCAUCGAUGAGUCCCUCACCCCGGCGUAGAGCCAUAAGUCCAAGAAGUUCAGGGGCCGGCAGUACUUCCUCCAUGUCACCACCAGCCACAAUUCCACCCACAGCCGCAUCAGCAUCAAAUCCCACAAAUAUUUUCGAUAACCUUCAUUUGAGAUCAAUGUUACCGGCUGAAUUAUUGAAUCCCUUGUUGGCAAAUAAAAAUUUGGAACUUGCCCUCAAACUUUCAGCGGCGGCAGCAGCUGCUGCGGUCAGCUCAUCAAAUAGUGCAGCUGCUCAACCGGGUACCACACCUGCCGAAUUGGCCGCCGCUGCUGUUGCAGCCGCUGCCUCGGGUCGUGGUGCUUUAUUGGGCCUGCCCGUUCUGCCACCCACUGCAGCAGCCUCCGGUCCGGCACAGCCAGCCACACCAGCCGCAGCAAAUCAGCCUCAAAUCUAUGUCAAACAAGGCGUUUCCAAAUGCAAAGAAUGCAAUAUUGUCUUUUGUAAAUAUGAAAACUAUUUGGCCCACAAGCAACACUACUGUUCGGCCCGCAAUCAAGAGGCCAGUGAGGGCGAAACAAAAAUCUCUUCUACACCACCCAUGGCUACGGCUGCAUCGCCAGCAGAAACCACUCCGGUAGCAUAUCAACAAUUAAUCUGUGCAGCCUGUGGCAUUAAAUAUACCUCCCUGGACAAUUUGAGGGCUCACCAAAAUUACUACUGUCCCAAAGGUGGUGGAGCUGUCGCAGCUGCUGCUGCAGCCGCCGCUGCGGCAGUUGCUGUGGCGAAUCCAGAUGCAGCGCCAUUAGUUUUGCCCGCCAAAGAAAAAUGUACAAAAUGUAAAACUGUGCAUGAAUUUGGUUUACCAUGUCCCCCACCACCGGCAUUGGUUCAACAGCCAGCAGCCCAAACUCCGGUAGCACCACCAAGCGCAAAUGUUGCCACUGCAGCUGGUAGCAAUAAUUCUUCCUCAUCAGUUGUCACUGGUCACAAUCAAAAUGUCUACAAAUGUCCAUUGUGUGAUGCGGUCAGUCUAACGGCCAGUGAAAGUCGCAAGCACAUGGAGACACAUGGCACUGUCAAGGCCUUCCGAUGUACCAUUUGUCGUUACAAGGGCAACACUUUGAGAGGCAUGCGCACCCAUAUACGCAUGCAUUUCGACAAGAAAUCCACCGAUUUGAAUGAGGAACACUUUAUGGCCUGCAUUCUGGAAGAUGAAUCCAUUGAAAUACCCAGUGCAGCAUCUUUAAAUCAAGAGCAUUUAGUGCAGCAGCAUCAACAACAGCAGAAACAUUUACAACAACAAGUUGCCGCUGCAGCAGCUGUGGCGGCUGGCCUUCAACAACAGCAGCAGCAACAACAACAUCAACAACAGCAAUCGCAGUCACCGGCCCAGCAGGUGUUCAACUGUGAUAUUUGUAAUUAUUCAUCCACAUAUAAAGGCAAUGUGUUGCGCCAUAUGAAAUUGGUACAUCCUCACAUUAUUACCAAUUCACCAUCCAUAUCUCCAGAAGCUGGUGAUUUAGAAGCUUCGGAAACCAAUUCAUUGAGUGGCAGUCACAAUGGUGAUAAUGGGCUUAAUAGUUUUACCAUCAAAUCUGAACCCUUGGAUCAUCCUCCUCCCCCCACGGUGGGUAAUACAACACCCGUCAUCUUAUUGAAUCCCCACGACAAUAACCACUCUCCAUUACCCAAUAUUGGGCAACAUCCGGUACAUGGAAAUGAUUUUGCAUCACAUCACAUAAAAACCGAACCCAUGGAAAUUGCUGUUGGUGGUGAGGGACCACCACCACCGCCCUCAAUUAGCAUGAGUAUUACACCUGCAUUGCGCUCACCGGCCAUUGGUCCACCGCCACCAUUAAAUUCCACACCCGAAGAGAAUAUCAAUAAUCAAAAGUAUUGUCAAACAUGUGAUAUCUCUUUUAAUUAUAUGAAAACCUAUUUGGCCCAUAAACAAUUCUAUUGUAAGAAUAAAAUGCGUCGGCCAGACAGCAAUGAUAGUCCAAGUCCGAAUCCAACAGCUGGUAUUGGUUCGCCCAAUGCCCUAAUGAUGCAAAAAAAUAAAGAAAAUCUACAACAAGAAGCUGCCAUUUGAUAGAACUGGCACGAGAGUUGGUCAGCAACAUGGAACCAUCGUAAUUGGGAAUGGUAUUAUAAAUGUUUUUGAACACCACCAAUAACAAUUCGAAAUAAAACAAAUGAAUAGCUUAUCUUUUCACAAGGGAAAAAUGGCAAUAAACAAAUGCAUAGUUUUGAAACGUACAGUAUUUUUAAAGGAAUCUCUGUAAAUAUUAAAUAAAAACAAAAAACAAUCAAAGAAUAUAAUUAAAAGACAUAACUACUAUGCAUUUGUCUUUAAUGACUCUCUCUUGUAUGGAGGUAACUCCUCCAUCCAUUAUUAUGAAAUCUUGAAAGCUAAAAACAAAAUCACAUGACAUAAAAUGCAUGCCAAAGUUUUAAAAAUUAAGUAUGAAUAACAUAACUUUAAAUUGAAAAUAAUGACUUAUAAUAAAAUGAUUAAGAAAAUUUAACUCUAGAAAAAGAAAAAAUAAUAAAAACUCCUAUGUUAUAAGCCUUUAAAUGCGAUAGUUUCGUAACGAAACAGUUUUGAGAAAUAUUAAUUAAGAAUAUGAAUUAUUAUUAUUGAACUAAAACAACCACCUUGAUGUAGUUUAAUUACCUAUCUACUCGAUCUACAUAUAUAAUAACACAUAUUUUUUUAAUAAUUAAGUAGCUUAUAGAAAACUAUAAUUUCUAUAUUGUUUUAUAUAAUACACAUAUUAUUUUUUUCAAUUUGUUUCUAUUUUUUUUUUUCAAAUUGUUUCUGUUAACUACUUUUAUAAAGAAAAAACUGUUUAUUGUAAUAAUUAUAAGCAUGUGUAUUUGAUGAUACAUAAAUAUAAUUUUAAAGAGAUCCCUUUUAUAUCUAAACUUCAAUUAAGUUUCCAAAUCGGUGGUAUAUAUUAAUUUUGAAAAACAUUUUAAAACAAAAUAAUCAUUCCAAAGCAGCUGUCUGAUUUCAAUGAUUUUCUUAAACAUGGGUGAACUAACUGGCCUGCCUUAUUAAAUUAUAAAACCAAUCAUUCCAGCGCCAUUCUCCUAAUUGCAUGUCAUUCCUGAAAUUUUGACUUCUCACCCAAAGAAUGUAGUUAUCCGAAUUUUAAAUGAAUGUUAAGUCCACCCGCACCUGACAAAACGUCUCCCAUCACAGAGAAUAGGUUUUAUAAAAUUUGCAACUUCUCGACAUAUCCGUAUUAAAGAUUUUUCGGAGUCUAAAACUUCGGGAUUAGGCUAAAAUAGAACCCACGUAAAUGGAUGAAUUUUAAAUCUUCUGUUGAGAGUAUGUAAUCUGCGGAGUUCGUUGCGGCACUCAAAAUAUUUAUUAAUUGACGUCGAAAAUUAUUAUCACAGGAUACGCCUAAUUGGAUAGCUUUUUCAACAUUGACAGAAAGAUGUCCAAAAGCAAGAAAAUCUCAGUCAAUCACAGUGCUAUAUUUGGGGAGUGCGUCAUCAGAAAAGAUUUUCCUCAUGAAUAUGUUGUUGUUGUGAAAGUGCGGGUGGAAUCGAAAGUUUUUACAGCUAUGAUAAUCUUAGCCGAAUGGAACUUGGGUCGUUUCAGAACGUAGAUCUGAUCGUUGUGGGAAAAUGUUUUUUUCUUUGAUGGAGGGUGUUAGUGUUCAUCUUUUCCGUUACUUUUGCUGUUAUCGCAACCUUCAAUGGACCAGCAGUUAAAAGAUAUUGGAAUCCUAACAAACCUAUUUUUCGCUAUUUGUUUAAUUAGCAUAUCUCCUUUAGUGUACAAUAUGCCUCAUUUCCAUCCAAUUGACCCUGGAACUUAAUUGAAGUUUUAAUGUGUUCAUUAUUAUUAUAUUCUUAACUUUUAUUAUUGUUUUUCUAUAACUUCCAUAUACCUAUCCAUUUUAUUUUUUAUUUUUUUUAAUAUUUAAAAUUAUUAUUUUUUAUUUUGACUUGUUUUAAUAUUUUUUUCUGUAUGAAUAAAAUAUUCUCUCCUGUUUGUUUAACCUCUAUGCAAUAUAACCGAAAGGAUGAGCAUUAAAAUUAAUUACGCAGUAAAUAUGAAUUACUCUAAGUAUGUGACAAUAAUAAUUUAUUCCAAAAUAAAUUAAUGGUAAACUAAUAAAAAAAACAUGAACAUUAGCUUAGUAAUCAUGAAUACAAUAAAUUAUGUGAAAUUUAAAAUUCAAUAAAUAAUCUUAAAUGAGAAAAUAAAUACAUUUUAAAAAUAA